UACAGCUGUUUGCAUUAGGGCUAGCUAGGCGCAGUAUUUUUUCAUUUCAUUUUCAUUAAUUUUUAGGGAGUUUUGGGGUUAUUUAUAAAACGAAAUUAUAACUAAAACCCCAAUUAUUUGUCCAUGAUGCUGGCUCCAUCGCGUUUAGUUACACCUUCGCUUUUGCGGCAAACUGUUUUCACGAGAGUUGUCACGUUCUCCACUAAAGCUGCCCCCAAAGAAAAGGAACAGUACAGCAACAAACAGACAACGAAUGUUGCCCCCACAACAUAUCGUUUUAUUUAUCCGGAAUUUUUGCCUGAUCCCAAGGUGGAAUGGCGCAAUCCAAUCAGAGAAAAACUGGAAAGGUUAGACAUGAUUGACCGGCGUUCACAGAUAGAUAUACCGGAAUUUUAUGUAGGUUCGAUAUUGGCGGUAACCAGUUCGGAUCCACAUGCUGCCGGCAAAGUUAGCCGUUUUGUGGGCAUUUGCAUUCAACGUGAACGUUGUGGCCUGCGAGCCCGUUUCAUUUUACGCAACGUAGUCGAUGAACAGGGUGUUGAGGUUUUGUAUGAAAUGUACGAUCCCACCAUACAAAAAAUCGAAGUUCUCCGUUUGGAAAAACGUUUGGAUGAUCAUUUGUUGUAUUUACGUGAUGCUCUGCCCGAAUACAGUACCUUCGAUACCAAUAUGGAACCGGAGGUUAUGGAAGAUGGUGCUCCCGUACCGGUAAAUGAUAUACAAGUUCGCCUACGACCACGUCCCUGGUUGGAGAGAUGGGAAAGACAAAAUUUAAAAGGUGUCUCCAACAUUGAUGAAUACCUAACCGACAAACGUAGACGCACAGCCAAGGAACAUGAAAAACCAUGGGAGAAAUAUGAUCUAAUGAAACAAUAUCGUUCAACCAUUCCCGAAGAAGAACAGAAGGAAAUCUAUGCUGAAGUUUAUUCGCAGCUACAUCAAAUGGAGCUUCAGCGUAAGAGAAAUAAGCGCAAGAGAUCUUUUGUAAAGCCCACCAAAUUGGCAUAGAGGAGUUUUUGGGGAGAAAAAUGUUUGUUGAGGAUUGUUAUAAUUUGAUGUAAUAAAGAAGAAAGCAUUUCUGAAGCUAAAA